CUGGGGGGGCGGUGCCAGGGCCCCUCGCGGCCGCUGAUUGGGCGGUGCGGCCGAGCGGAGCCGCUCUGCGGGCGCUGAUUGGUGGGUGAGGCCGGGCUCCGCCGCCAGGUGGUCCGAACCGGGUCUCCGGCCACGUGGGGCUCCGGGGGCGGCGGCGGCGGCGGCGGCGGCGGCGGCGGCGACUGGACCGAGACGGCGGCCGCGCCUUCUCUGCCCGGGGCUGGAAGCUGGGCACCCUGGGGGCCAUGCAGAAGGCCGGGGCCAGGGGCCGGAGGGCCUCUGACUGCGGCCCCGCCUCCCACCGGCCCAGGUGCAUCACCAAGUUCGCCCAGUACGUGGGGUCCUUCUCCGUGGAUGACCUGGGCACCCAGGAGGGCGUGUGGCUGGUGCAACAGCAGCUGUGGGCACUGAAGGACUGUCCCCGGCGCCGGGCCGUCAUCCUGAAAUUCAGCCUGCAGGGCCUCAAGAUCUACAGCGGGGAGGGCGAGGUGCUGCUGAUGGCACACGCCCUGCGGCGGAUACUGUACUCCACCUGGUGCCCAGCCGACUGCCAGUUUGCCUUUGUGGCCCGGAACCCACGGAGCCCGGCCAGCAAGCUCUUCUGUCACCUUUUUGUGGGCAGGCAGCCCGGAGAGGUCCAGAUCCUGCACCUGCUGCUCUGCCGCUCCUUCCAGCUUGCUUACCUCUCGCAGCACCCCGCGGAGCGGGCACCACCGGAGCCCUGCCCGGGGCCCGCAGGGGAUGUGCCCCUGAAGCCGCUGGCCAGCCCCGGGAGGCCCCCCGGCCCCGUCCGGGAGCCCUUCGCCCGGGAUCAGCUCUCGCAGAACGUGCGGGCCCUGGUCUCCUUCCGGCGGUUGCCCGCGGAGGGGCCCGCGGGCAGUGGGAAGGAGCUGCUGGAGCUGGAAGGCUGUGGGGGUGCCCGCCUCUUCCGCCUGGGGAACCCCUACUGCUCCCCCACCCUGGUGCGCAAGAAGGCCAUUCGCAGCAAGGUGAUCCGCUCCGGGGCCUACCGCGGCUGCACCUACGAGACCCAGCUGCAGCUGUCCGCCCGGGAGGCCUUUCCUGCCGCCUGGGAGGCGGGGCCCCACGGCCCUGGCGGCCCCGUGUGCCUGGCGGAAACGGAGGGCAGCCUGACCGAGAACAUCUGGGCCUUUGCUGGCAUCUCCAGGCCCCGCGCCCUGGCCCUGCUGCGGAGAGACGUGCUCGGGGCCUUCCUGCUAUGGCCCGAGCCGGGCGCCUGCGGCCAGUGGUGCCUGUCGGUGCGGACCCAGUGCGGCGUGGUGCCCCACCACGUCUUCCGGAACCACCUGGGCCGCUACAGCGUGGAGCACCUGCCUGCUGAGUUCCCCAGCCUGGAGGCCCUGGUGGAGCACCACGCGGGGACCGCCCGCAGCCUCUUCUGCUCGCUGGACAUGGGCCGCCUGAACCCCGGCUACGAGGAGCAGGACUGGGGGCCCGAGGGCAGGCCACCCCGGACACUCCGGCCCCUGGGCCAUGCCAAGUCCGAGGCAGAGCUGCAGGGCCUGGGCUGGGGGGCCGGGCCCCACACCAACGGCCUCGUCUUCCCUGGUCCCUAGACCUCAGCAGGCCACUCUGUCCUUCUUCCACCCCCUGGCCGGUUCCACCCCGUCUCUCAGCCCCUUGGUCCUGCCUUCCACCACUUCACCGACUGGCGGAGCCCUGAGAUUGGGGGUUCUCACUCCACAUGUGGCCCCUGAGACGGCAGGGAGGGUAGCAGAUCUCCAGGCUUCUGUGCACUUGCAGGUGGCUUGGUGCUCGCUCUCCGGGCUUCACUGGAGCUUCCUGGGGGGAGGAGGGGGCGGGAAGGUUAUUCCCAGUGGAGCGGUAGCCUGUCCUAAGGAGGCCAGGCUGAGGGGCCGUGACUGGGAGUCUCUGGAGAGCGCCUGACGGAGGCAGCCAGACGCGGAGGGCGAGGUGCCUGGGGAGGCAGGAGCAGCGAGGUCUCACUUUGGGCAGAGGCCUGGGGUGAGCCACCCUCUCAGGAGAGACACAGAUGACUCAGUGGAGCCUGUGGGCCGCACCCCGGCUGUGUUUCUCAAGUCCUCUGCGGUAAGGGAGUCUUCCCUUGAGUUCUGGAGAGCGGGCUAGGAGGGUGCAGAGGCCAGGGUGGAGGAAGGGCCGCCGCCUGAAGCCCCUGCGCGGGGCGGACACCUGUGUGCGGAGAGGGACGGGAGCCAUGGGGGGAAAGGAUCGCAGGGCACCGCUUGGGAAGGCUGGUCUGUACUCAAACCACAGGGUGUGAUUCCUGCUCACGGGGAAGGCUGCCCAGCCUCACCCACUCCCCCAGGCACACCCACAGUGCAUUUCCUCCUGCUGGCUGACGGGGGCGAUAGCAGAGGGCUGAGAGCCCAGCUCAGCUUGCAGGCUGCAGUGGGUUUGGUGACUGCCCGGGAAGGCACCUGAGGAGGGGAUGGCCCUCAGUGAGGCUCUGACUGGCUGUCAGGAGCCGCCGUGCCACCCUAGGCCAGCUCCAUUGGGGGAGGGGCCGAGCAGAGCCCCCGGAGUUAGAACUGGUGUGGGCUCUGCCCCAGGGGCGUGGCCUCAGCGGACGGAGGGAGUCACGGAAAGGAUGGUCGUCUGCAGGACGGACCCCUGCUGAUUGGCAGGUGGACACAAAUCUGCCAGGCUAGGGAGGAAGGUCACUGUGGGUGAAUAUCUUCUGGCUAAGAUAAAGGCCUCGUCAUGAAUCUGGGGCUGCCCUCUCUCUCUCCUGGGAGUUGGGUGUGACUGUUUUGUGCCUUGAAAGUCACAGAUUCUGGCUCCUCCCACGAAUAGCAGCCCCACAGACGAGAAAGGGAGGGAGGGUCCCCACAUUUCCCUGGCGGAGAGAGGGGUUUGGUGACACCGUGCCCAGGAUUAUAGCACUGGAGCCGCACAUGGAAGGCCAGAGCUUUGCCUCGGUGCUGGGUGUGCUUUGCUGUGCAAAUUAUCCACGUGGACAAGGGGUCAGGGAUGUUCCCAAAGCACUUUAACAUUCUUCUUCACAGCAUCUCUUGUUCACGAGGCACACGUAGGGCAAGGUUUUUGACCCGGGUGUGCAAACACGUCCAUGUCUUAAUUGUAGAUCAGUUUUCUCUCUUUUCCAACCAGCACCACCGGGGUAGCCCAGUUCUCUGUACUGUAUGUACUUGAAAUAAAAUGCAUUCCUGUGGAACGUC